CUCAUCGGGGCGCAUUGGGGCGCGCACAUCAUGAGUGAAUCCUUGCGUUACAGCGAGCGUCGAGUGUCAGCGAUUUCGGCUGCCCAAAUCAGUUGACAGCGUGAUUUCGAGUAGCAUUACACGUGUGUGCGUUGGCUCAACAUGCGAAGUAAUAAAAAUACAGUUAAACAGUAAUGCGUUAGAAAUGUUGAAUCUGAUAUUUACCCUUAUCAUGUUUGGCGUUAAAGUUGAUUCGUGUGCGAAUUUAUGCGAUUGCGAAAAGUUACCAGAACAAUCUUUAAGUUGUGAUUCCGAUAACAAUACAGAUCUUAAUGUAGAUCAACAGAAUUUUUUAAAUGCGUUUAAUUCUGAUAAUAUCGUUAAAUUUCCCGAUAUUUACAGUGUACAGAUAAAAACGUGUGAACUUUAUUUAAACUUCAGUGAAAUCGAUUUAAAAUGGAUAAAAAAAGUUAGUUUAAGUGAUAAUAACUUAACGACAGUUCCUGUAUUCAUUACUGACUUUAUCGGAAUGCAUUCGUUGGAUUUAUCUCGAAACGAAAUCGAAUCUAUAGAUGCAAAACUAUUCAGGACACUCAAUCUAAAACGGUUAAAUCUCAGUUCGAACAGUUUCUAUCAGAUAAACACCAGCGAGUUCGCGAAUUUAAAAAAAUUAACCAGUUUGGAUCUUUCAAAUAAUGAAUUGAGUUUUUUAGAAAAUUUGUUACUCCUUCCUAGUCUACAAUAUUUAAAUUUAAGUAAUAACAAGUUGAAAGUUCUGAACGGUGCAGGAUUUAAUAGCUUGAAGCUUUUGCAGCAUCUGGAUGUAUCACGGAACCAGCUGGUCAGAAUCGCUUUCGAGUCUAUCCGACUGCCGAAUUUGGCACGUCUGUUCGUUGCAGGAAAUACACAAUUAGGAAAAUCACGCGAUGUUUUCGUUUUCGUCGGAACGGGUCGUAAAUUGCAAAGUUUAGACGCUUCGCUAACGGGACUCAAACAGGUGCCUGCCGCUUUGACUCAUUCAAUCCAAUCUCUCAAUUUAACCGAAAAUCUGAUCAGAACGAUAAACUGCGGCGACUUGGACGACUAUCCGUUGCUUUACUCGCUCGAUCUGUCUUUCAAUGAAAUCAACUUCGUCGAAGAGGAUUCCUUAGGGCGUUUGGAGUUUUUAUCAGUUCUUUAUAUCGCUCGCAAUCGACUUGUUGAAAUCCCCAGAAGGUUACCGGAAAAACUCAAAGUUCUCCAUUUGGACAUUAACGAAAUUGGAAGGAUAACAAAAAAGGAUCUGCGAGGAUUGACUGUACUCGAAGUGCUUUUACUUAAUGACAAUAACAUUACGGUAAUAAAUGAGGGUGCUUUCAGUGAGUUAAUUUCCUUAGUUACACUGGAUUUGUCUAGAAAUCCGCUUAUUAAUCUCCAGUCAGGUAGUUUCGCAGGACCUUUAUCUCUCGAAACACUUCGCCUGUCUUCAAUAGAAAUUAUUUCAACAAAUGAAGACAAUCCGUUUCCGCUCGCCGUCCCAGAAAGACUGGUAAAACUUGAUUUAUCUCGCAGUCCCGGAUUAGCCCGGCAAUUUUUGUCCGAUACAGCGACUCUAAUGGCUGCAAAGAGAUUACAGGAAUUAGAUUUGUCAGGCGGAAAUUUAGAAAAUUUAAAACAAGAUUUACAGUUCUUUUUACCCCAGCUGAAAGUGCUCCGCAUUGGGGGUAAUAAAUUUAACUCGACUGAAAUUAGUUCGCUUAAAUCUUGGCUAUGCAAAGCAACUACAACACAAAAGCCAAUCAAAUCCAAUAUAUUUAAAGCAAAUACGUUUGAGCAAUCAGAACUUUCGGGAAAUAUAAAAUCUGAGCCAGCCGCCAAGAAUGCUAAUGAGUUUGAUGAAUUUCCGGUUAAUGAAGUGUAUUACGGUGGUGUCAUGUCAAACUUCUCGCAGAAUUUAGCCGGUUCUUAUAACAAAAAUACUCCCGCUAUCCAACAGCGGCAUAAUGAGUUGGUGAGGUCGAGUCCUGACGAACGUGCGGUCGAUAAACUCCCGGAUUCAAUAAAGUGGAACGUCUCUGAAGGAGAAAUAUCUAUGUACACAAGUGAAAAGAAAAACUACUUUUAUCGCAGUUUAUUUUUGGUUUUGUCGUCCGCGUUUGUUGUAUUCGCAAUCAGUGUGUUGAUCAUAUUAAGACUUAUAAGAAUUAGACAACCGUACGUCGAAGACUUUGAAGCGACAGAUUUGCCAACUAUUUCUGAUAUUUGGUGACGUUUAGAGAAACCUGAUGAUGAAAAUAAUAUGCUUUAUUGUACUUCCGUUACUUAAACCAAUGCUUGUGAUAAACCUGAAUUUCUAUUUUGUAUGCCGACAUAAUUUUGUACCUACUUGAAUUGUAAAUUAUUGUAGAAAGUAAAAAAUAUAUGUACGAAUUACUAAAUAUUUAUUUUCCUGUAGGUCUUGCUGUUUAUUUUUAUGGCUUUAUUAAUAGAC